UGAGUGACGUUUGGCCAAAAAGAUACGGGCGCCGCCGAUAAAAAUAGGUACAUUUGUUUUGUAAAUAUUUAUGUGAUGUGCUGCUCCGGUUGCUUAUGCUUUCUAUAAUCCUUCUUGUAAUUUGUAAUUUUAACUUUAUCGAAUACUAUUGUAAAUUAGUAACAUUCGCUAAACAUAGUCAUGCCUUGUGCCGUUCCCCGGUGCAAUACAAGUGAUCAAUCCAGCUUUGUGCAGUUUCCCCGCAGUCACUUUCUUUACGAACGAUGGCGGAGUGCCAUAGAACUUGGCACAGGUGCUACUCUUCCGAGCACACACAAUCCACUGAAAGCGGAAAUAUGUCAGCAGCAUUUCGAGUUGACUGCUGCAGAAGGCGAUUAUAUGGAGCCAGUAAUAUUUUUGAACCAUAGGACGGGCCAAACAGUCCAUUUAUCUAGCUGCCGACUUUGUCUGCAAUUCCAUCCUGUUGAUACGUUUCUUAGGAACGCUACAGCAGAGUCUAAAAUAGGAAUUGCACCACUGGAAGACGUACUUAAAGUUGGCUUUGGAGUUCAGUUGAGUUGUUCCGAAGGCUUUGGCGGAAUUUGCGAGCGAUGUUUGGUGCGGUUGGACAUGUAUGUAGAGAUGCGUAGACAUUUUUCGCUUGCCUCUAAAAGUUGUAAGAAAAUGAAAUUACUCCUCCAAGACGCAGGGCCAUUGCAAUUUAGGAAAAUCAAUAAAACUCAGCCAGAUGUAGUAGCAAUGAAAUGGGAGGUCUUUGAACAGGAUACCUCGACAACUGAAAAAUCUCCAGAUUCACAGGAAAAAUCCAAUUUAGAAAAGUGUCAAACGGAUUCGUCUAAGACGAACGUCCUAAAUGAGCAAGUACGAGAGCCGCCCAAGAAACGAAAAAAUAAACCUAGAGCACCACGAUUCAAAGAACCGAAGGAUUCUACAACAAUCAAAAAACGUGAUAUAACGGAACGCAAGUGUUACAUGUGCGUUCGGCUGUUCGAGACGGCAGGGGAGCUUAUUUCCCAUAUGUUGGACCAUGUAGAUCACCACUUAACUUGUGAAGCCUGUGAUGAAUCAUUUCCAAACUUGAGCAAGUACAAUCGGCAUCUAUCGAAGCAUGACCCGGUGGAACGUCCAGUCAAGUGUGAUCAUUGCGAACUUAGGUUCGCCGAUAGGCUUGGAAAACUUCGUCAUGAAAAGUUGAAACACGGCAUAGACCAUGCGGUUAGCAUGUUUAACUAUGCAAAAAUACCAAAGGACAAAUUUACCUGCCAGCACUGUGGAAAGCCGUGCAAAUCCCUAUCGUUCCUGAAGGAACAUGAGGAUACCCACGCAGGAAUAAAACGGCACGAAUGCAAAUCAUGUGGCCGAAUGUUUGCCACCAAGAACAACCUCGAGCGGCAUCAUAUGAUUCACACAUCAGAAAAGCCUUACAAGUGCGAACUUUGUGGGAAAGCGUUCCGUCAAUCGCCAAUGUACAAGGACCAUCUUCGGUUACAUUCCGGAGAGACGCCCUACGCAUGCAACGGGUGUGAACUCCAUUUCACAUCAACCACUCUUUUGCGAAACCACAGAAUCCGUAUCCAUGGCGCUUUCUCGUCUAAUAAUUUAGGUGGACUCGCUGCUCCCCGUAGUCACAAGUAAUUAUUGCCGAUUCUAUACGAUAGAACACCAGCGUCACUCUUUUGCCGAUUGAUCAUAUCGUGCGAACCCAUCCGUUUGAAAAGGUUGAGUUCUUCGAAUGCAAAACCUGCUCGAAAGUUUCAGUUACUUGGUUUAUCUGAAGUGGCGUAAAUUGCUCCAUAAGGGGCAUACAAAACAUGUGUGCGAGUUUCUUGCAAACGUCGAAAAAGUGUAUGUAAGGCUGAUGAAAUAGUUGCUGCCGUUGAAGGUACGUAUAAAUCAUUGUUCCAGAACAUGCUUUGACAAAUAGAUGACUUUUAAUAGAUAAAAUGGCUCGGAUCAAUUUUCCGAAAUUCCUUAAGGUUAAGAUUGUUUCACUUUUUACCCGGAAACCAUCGGGUUUUUU